UAGUGAUAAAAGAAAACUCCUUCCAAUUGAUUCAUUUUAUAAUACGAGCCGCAAGUUUUGUUUCUCCGAGCAACAAACAAAAAUGGCGGCGUCUUCGACCACCACCACCACCAACAUCCUCUCCCUUGGCUCUUCUUCAGUUCACAGGUUCCCUCCAAUCUGCAAUCCUCCUCCUCUCCGUCUCUCCUUCCCCUACAAACCUUCCUUCAACCUCUCCCUCAAAAACCCUAAAACCAUCGCCGCCUCCGCCUCCGCAUCUCCAACCCUCUCCCCCGCUAAACCCUCUCCUCAGUUUCCCUUCUCCGACUCAACCAAAUCAAUCACGACCCUCGCGAUUCUCGCCGGACUCGUAACCAAAUCCCUUAUCCACAAACUCUCCACCGCCGUCGUAACCCUAUCCCCUCAUAUUCAAGCUUCCAUCCGAGUCUCCGGUCCGCUCUUCUUCGCGGCGGCCCGUGACCGUCCUGCGGGUUAUCUCAACACUCCGUUGACGGUUGUGGCGGCUGGUUUGUCCAAGUGGCUGGAUAUCUACAGCGGUGUGUUGAUGGUUAGAGUUUUGCUGAGUUGGUUCCCCAACAUCCCUUGGGAUCGCCAGCCUCUGUCUGCCAUCAGGGAUCUUUGUGAUCCGUAUCUCAAUCUCUUCAGGAACAUCAUCCCUCCCGUCUUUGAUACCCUUGACGUCAGCCCUCUGCUUGCUUUCGCUGUUUUGGGUACUUUGGGUUCCAUUCUCAACAAUAGCAGAUGAUUUGGGUUGUUACUACUCCUUUCGUGUUUUAUUUAUUGUCUCUACUUAUAAGAAGCUAAUGAUUAUGUAUUGGAUCUUAUGGUCUGUGUUUCUGUGGCAAUGAAUUGAGUUUGGUUUCAAUACAAGUUGUAUUUGGAUCUUAAGAGUUUUUGUUAAUUUCUGAGUUGCUUUUGCA